UGCAUCAAUUAAGUGUAUAAACAUUACCAAAUUUACUAAUAAAUUUUUACUAUUAUCAAUGUUUUUGAGCCAUCUAAUAUUUGUUUUUUUUAAACGUACCCAUUUUAAUUUAAACUAACGAAGAGCUAUCGUGAAUUGACCAACAGCUGUUUCCCGCCAAUUAUUACUCAUUCUACUAGCAGCGUUACGUCGGGUUUGUUGUACAUGACUGUCUUACAACUGUAAACAAGAAUAUCUGAACGGAUUUUAUUCUGAAUUUUAAUUGAACGAUUCAAAAAUGUCUGUGGAUAUUCGAAGCAGUGAUAGAAGAAGAUAUGUCAACGAAUUACAGGCCAGGGAGAAAGAAAUUGCAGCUGGACUUCUCAAGGUGUCCCAGCCACCAGCCUCACCCAAAGCCCUCCAGGAGACAGAGAAACGCAUGAGGCGUGAGAUAGCCAACAGCAACGAGAGGCGGCGCAUGCAGUGCAUCAACGCCGGCUUCUCCAGUCUAAGGGCCCUCAUCCCCCAACUCGAGGGCGAGAAGCUCAGCAAGGCUGCCAUCCUCCAGCACACGACUGAGUACAUCACAGCCCUGGAGAAGGAUAAGACCAGACUUCAGAUGCAGCUUGACCAUUCCAAAAUGUUGCUGGCUGAGCUCGGCCAGGACAGAGUGGUCACUGAUACGUAUGUGUCCAGCUCACCACCUCCGACCAAACGCAAAAAACGAGAUACAGAAUCAUCAGACGAGGGGGUUGGAUCUCUGUCUGAUGCCUCGGACGAGGGCAGCUCUGAACUCCAACAUGAGAACGUAACACUGCGGAAACAGCUGGAGUCCCACAUUCAGAAAUGUGCCGCACUAGAGGACCGCAAUCGGCUGCUUGAAGCUCAGCUCCUCUCACUGCUACAGGUGCAGGCUGCUCACACUGGCCAGAUAAGUGAGCUGCACCCAGUGAACCUUGACACCAGGCAGAUACAGCAGGAGACACUGUACAACCGCGAAGUUGUCGAGGUCAUCGCUUCUAGAGAUUCCUACGUCCCCAUGCCAAGGGUGGACAAUUUCCAACCAGUGCGGCCCCAGUCCCCUACCCCUGAGCGGGGGAUGAGCAUGGAUAUGUCCAGCAGGAUGGACACGACUUCCCCUGGGUUCGCUAUGGGCUCCAACCCCACACUGGCGUCCUCUGUGAAGGAAGAGUCUUCACCCCCCGUGGUGAAGCAGGACUUGUGUUUAUCUGAGACCAAUGGACAGGGAACAACUUCACCCCUCGUCCCUGCCGCUGACCAAUCUAGCUAUCACCAUCAUCACAACUACUGCCACAGAGACCACCCGCGUCGUCGCCAUCGGCAGCAGGCGCUGGAGCAGCAGAGAGAGGAGGAGGAGCUGCGGCGCCAGCAGAUGGAGCAGCAGGCCACCUGCACGGUCAGCGCACCCUACCGGCCAAAGCACAACACCCAAAACCUGGAGAACUUGGUCGAGGCCAUCCGCCAGAUUGAGGGUGACCGUGUCUUGUGUGACGACCGCAAGUUCUACGAGGAGGAACACAAACUAUACAAGAGGCAGUCCCUGACGGACGAGAGCGAGCGGGAGACCAGCAGCAUCAGUGACCAGGACGAGAUGAAGUCCGAAUGUUCCGGCCGUGACUCCCCCUCCCAGCUGCACCACCCAGUCCAGCACCAUUUUCUGGUGUCACAUCAGCAGAUGGUGGCCCCGCCCACCAGCCCAGAGAACAAUAGCAUGGGAGACAUUAGCAACCACAGCAGUUUUUCUGAGAAGUAUCCUAUAGCCAGCCAUCUCCUACACCGACCCUUGCAUCCAUCCUUCUACAGGCCGGGUGUCAUUGUACACAAGCAGUGACCGGUCAGUUGAUUCUUGUAAGACAGACUUUUGGAUUUUAAAAAGAAAAAUGUGACCAGCAUUGUGCCUGUUAUUUGAAUAAUUCAUCACAAUGUGGAGUCCGUGAUUGGGGAGGGGGGGGGGGGGAUCCUGUUUAGAAGGAUAAAACAUUUCUUGUUCUGGCUUAUCGGAAGACUAAACAGUACAAAUUCAUCAAAAUGGAUACUUAUAAAAGCAUAUAGCAGCGUCUGAACCAGUCAUCUGUCCCUCACCUAAGUUUUGUAGUUCCGAAUUAUUGUGUAAUAUAUAUAUAAUUUCAAUGGAAAAGAUUUCUUGAUCCUUUCGUGUAAAAAUGUUUGAAAAGAAAAAUGUAAAAUUUUGCUAAUGUACAUCUAAUUUUCAAAUGGUUGCAUAAAAUGCUAAUUUCAGAUUCUAAAAUUAUUCUGUAAAAUUCUUCAUCUGUAGGCACUAUAGUAUUUGCCUGAAAAUUUUAUUUAGAUUUCUCAACCUUAUGGCUAAAAUCGAAAUCAUAUUUUGUGCUUUAAUUAAUUUGUCAGAGUUUUUCUUUACAAUAUCAGGAUGCCGUAGCUUUAUUUUUGGUCCUUCUCAUAACAUAUUCAUACAAGAUCAUCUAUACAUAUAGUCAGUAAUUUAUUUCUCACAGCUCAUAUGUAAAUUAAUCUCAUCCCCAUUGCUAGCCUGUGCGUGGGCUCAGCGCUAUCUAUUUAUUGCUAUACACAACAAAUCUAUUUUUAUACUAUAACAUGAACAGUGGAUGUACAUACUUCUUGUUGUGGUUAUGUUUAUUUAUUCAUGUUGAAUUACGCUUUUUUUUUUUUGUUACUUGGUGAAAUAGCUUGGCCAAAUAAAAUAGGGAGCCUCAGGUCGGGGGGG